AUGAUAGAUGAACAAAAAAUUUUAAGAUGCAUCGAAUUGACUAUGGUCUCUGAUGCAAAAUUAAUUAAAGAUGCAGAAUUACAAUUGUUUGAGUUUCAAAAAGAAGCAGGUUUCACAACUUUUCUUUUGAAAGUAGUCGCUAAUGAAGAGUUCCCAAUUCAUGUAAGGGUCUCUUCUGCCAUUUACUUGAAAAAUAAAAUACAAAGAUCAUGGGAUGCUAAGAAUCGUCUAGAUGGUAUCAUUCCUGAUGAGCAACUGACAAUAAAGGAAAAUUUAAUUCAAACUUUGAUCAAAAAUGUUUCAAGCAGUCAUUUAAGACCACAUUUAACAGAAUCUGUAAGAGCUAUCUUGAAUUGUAAUGACAAUUGGGAUUUGAUUAGUGUUAUAAACGAACUAUUAUCCAGUGGAAACCAAGAUUAUAUAUAUCCAGGUCUAUUGCUAUUAUUUGAAGUUUGUAUUGUCCAUAGGUGGGAUAUGGCAGGAAAUAGACAGUAUAUUGAUAAAGUUAUUAAUUCCAUUUUCCCUACCGUAGAAAAUAUUGCUUCUCAACUCGUCAAUGCAGAAGAUUACAAAUCAAAUGAAUUAUUAUAUUUAAUUUUGAAAUGUUUCAAAUAUGCUUGUUUGAAUAAUUUCCCAGAAUAUUUUACAAAUGUUGAUAAAUUAAAUUCUUGGAUUCAAUUACAUUUAUUCGUUUGUGCAAAACCUUUACCAAAACAAGUUUUGGAUUUAGAUAUUUCAGAUAGAUCAUUGGAUAAAAGGGUUAAAGUUACAAAAUGGGGUUUUGGUAAUUUAAACCGUUUUGUUCAAAAAUACUGCAGAACCACAAAAGUUGUUACUCAAGAUUUUGUUAAUUAUGUUUUCAUGAAUAUCGUUCCAACAAUUUUAAAGGAAUAUUUUAAGAUUAUUCAACUAUGGGGUACCUCAUCCUUAUGGUUGAGUGAAUCGGCCUUAUAUUAUUUGAUACAAUUUUUAGAAAAGUGUGUCACAACGGAUGAGUUAUACCCUUUGAUAAGCCCACAUUUGGAAACUAUUAUUCAAAAUGUUAUUUUCCCAUGUCUAUGUGCUAGUAACAGAAGUGUUGAAUUAUUAGAAGAUGAUCAAGAAGAAUAUACUAGACGUUAUUUCGAUUUGAAUCGGGAAGGUUCCACCGAAGAUGUCGCAUCUACUGAUUUUAUUUUUGUUGUGGGCCAUAAACGUCCGGCUCAAAUGCACAAAGUUUUACCAUUUCUUAAUGAAAUCUUUAACAGCUUCUUACAAAACUCAAACGAUUUAGACAUUGCUUAUAGACAAGAAGGUGCUAUGAGAACUGUUUCAACAUUUUUCUCAUUCUUAGAGCCUUCAUCAGAAUUGGAAGGUAUUUUUUCUCAUUUCAUCGUACCUUUGAUGUCUCAAAACCAAUACCAAUUCUUGGUUGCCAGAGCCUUGGAAACUAUUUCUUUAUAUAGCCAUCCAUUCCAAGACAUGGCAACUCUUUCAAAAUUAUUUGAAAUGACCUUUAAUCGUUUCAUGGAUAGCGAUUCAAUCCCUGUCCAGGUAGAAGCUGCCGAUGCAUUAAAGACUUUGAUUAUCUCAAACCCAGAUAUACACCAACAUAUCUCUUCUCAAGUUCCAAGAAUCAUGGAAAAAUUAUUAAAGGUUUCUAAAGAAUUUGAAAUUGAUACGUUAUCAGAAGUUAUGGAAGCAUUUGUGGAAAGAUUUGCUGAUGAAUUGACUCCAUUUGCUGAAGAUUUAGCUGCAAAUUUGACGGAACAAUUCUUACAAAUUGCAAAGUCUAUCGUUGACAACAGUUCAAGCUCAUAUUCCAGCGCCGACCAAGAUCAAGAACUUCAAGCAAGCGCUUUACUACAAACAAUGACUACAAUGGUUAUGGCCAUGAAUAAAGUUUAUCUGGUGGAUAAAUUUUUGCCUGUUGUAAAAUUUAUUAUUUUACAUGCUCAAAUAUCAUUUUUAACAGAAAUUGUUGAUCUAAUGGAUUCAUUAGCUUUAUCUUCUAUUGGGAUGUAUCAACAAUUCACUCCAGCUAUCUGGGAGAUGUUCGAUGAUGUGUUACAUUCCUUCCAAACUUAUGCAAUGGAUUAUUUCGAAUCAUACCAAGUUUUCUUUGAAACAGUUGUUACUCAUGGGUUCCCUAGAGACCAAAGUUAUGUUCAACCAUUUUUAGAAAUCUUAUCAGUUAAAUUAGAAAGUGACAUCGAUUAUGAUGUUGAAGGUGUUUAUGAUAUUUUGGUGUUAUAUGCAUUGUCAUUAAAGGACAUUCCUCUAUUUGAUAAAGCUUUGCGGGCAUCUAGUAAUGAUGAGUUAGAUUUAGAUGAUUCAAAGAUUAUCAAAUGUUUCCUAGCAAACUUAUUUAUCAAGCCUAUCGAGACAUUGCAAGUUGCUGAAAGAGAGGGCAUGACUUUGAACUUAUUACAAAAAUGGUUCAAUUGUAAUUUAACCAGUGUUUUUGCGAUUAAGUUACAAAUAUUAGCUAUUAUAUCAUUGUUCAAAUUACCUGAACUUCCUAGUGCUGUCAGUGGCUUUGUUCCACAAUUUUCUGAUAAGUUAGUAACAAUAACUGAGAAGCUUCCAUUAGCCAUAAGAAAACGUGAUACCUUGGCCAAGGGAGAAGAAGGUAUCGAUGAAUUAUUCGAAUCUCCAGAAGAUGAGGAGUACUUCGAAGGUUAUGAAGAUGAUUUAAAGGAAACAGUAUUAGAUCAAAUCAAUUGUUUCCAAGAAGUUGGCAAUUUCUUCAAUCAAAUAAAACAAGAAAAUUUGGCAAUGUAUGAAAAGAUUCUGGGAUCCUUAAAUGACGAAAGAGAAAAUUCAUUACAAGUGAUCCUUGAAUUUGUUGCCCAAAACUAA